UAUUCCCCGCUCAUGCUGGGCUAAAUUGAAAGUAAGAUGUGCGACAUGGAAAUUCGAUUGGUGUGCGUUCACCAUCGGACUGGAUCAGAAUGUUUUGAAGGAUAUAAAUGCAGAUGCUCCCUGUUCCAGUCGUCACAACCACUUCUGUGCAUAUCAUGUACCCCACCGUCACCCCAGAAGCGCGCAGGCGACCUGUAUGUCAUGAACGACUCCCCCAUCUUGCUGGUAUUGGCCUUGCGAGAGAAUCACCUUCAUCUUCGCAGCAGUCGACUACUAGCUCAACUUGGCGGCCCACUGAUGAGGCGAUGUCAGUCUUCUCAUCUCAGCACACCAAGGCAAGGGAGGAAGUUGCUGCUGCCGAAAUCAGCCGUACCUUCAACGCAUUAGAGGAGGGAAGAACUCCUCCCAAGCGAAGGCGUUCUGUCAUGGACAAGCUAGUCCCUUUCACUCGGCGCCCGCAAGAAGCGCUCGAUGAAGAUGUUUUCAGUGACAUCAAGACUUCUAAUCCGACGAGCUGGAAACCGAGGGGGUCUUCGAUCAGCGGGGAUGCUAGCGCUGAAGCCAAGCAACCCAAGCGGCCUUUGGGAGGAGAAGGUCCAAACAGCUUCUAUCAGGGGGCCAAGCGUCGUUCCAGCGUGAUCAAGAGCAAGCGGCCUUCCGCGAUAACAAAACACGUUCAAGGUGAGCCUCGGAAGAGUAUUAUACCUGUCAUUCAAUGACAAUCUCGCGUAGACAUUGACAAGCGUCGUGCUUUUAUGCUCAAGCUUGCCUAAGUGCUUGCUCGUUUUUGGUGCUCCAUCCCAUCGUAUCGAG